ACCAGAUUGGAUCGUUUAUCACAGUUGUCUGAAGUGAUUUCGUGCUAGGCGCACAGAAUUUUGAGCAUUUCAUUUAAUACAGGUUUUCCAUUCAAUUAUUUUCAUCUGAAUUGGAAAUCAUGACAUCCCCUCUAAGCAAAGGUUGCUCGAAAGGCUUUGAAAAUCUAUGUUUAGAGGAGGGUGAUAUUGAACCUAUUGACAUCAGUGGACAAGAGGGAAAUAUGUUUGAUGAGGCUAUAGGACAUAUAGAAGAUGUUCUUAUGGAUCCCCAAUUUCAAGAUCUACAGAAGGACUUUAUGGAGAAAUACUGGAAUGAGUUUGAUGAUAGUGAAGAAAACAAAUUGGUUUAUAUGGAAAUUUUCAAGGAGUAUACAGAUGUUGUGGAAAAGUAUAUUGAAAACCAUUUAAAAAGGAACAUGCGAGAUUUCAACAUGGACGUCUUUACCUCACAGCUUCAGGAAAGAAAAGAUGAUCUUGAGGGAGAAGUAUUUGAAAUACUCUUCACUUUCACAGAUUUCAUAAUCUUCAAAGAGAUGUUUCUUGACUAUAAAGCUGUAAAAGAAGGAAAAGUUGCAGACCUGGGCUUAAAUAUUCAUGUGUCCUCUGUGUAAUACUAUUACUCUCAAUAUUGUGUUAAAAGUUUUGAACUGAUCUCAAUUUUCUAAAAGAAAAAAAUGAAGUGUUGGCCUCUUUAGUUACAGCAUUAUCAUGCUCUUGUUCUAGUCAUAGUGGAUUGAAGAAAAUGCCAAUGAUUAAAAUUGUUUGUUUAAUGCUUA